AUGACAUUUAAAUUUCUCAUCGUUCAUUUCCAGGGUGUCACUUACGCAAAUCUAUGCCUCCCACUUGUCAUCUACUUCAAAACAAAAAUAACAAUUCGAAAUCGGAAAUUUCGAAUCGCAGUUAUGACGUCAAUGUACGGAGAUGUCGGAGAUCAUAUCAAUCGGCUCAAAAAGAGCUGGGAA